CCCAUCGCCGCGCGCGCCUCCAGAACCAGAGCCUCGAGUGAGGACCACACUGGGCAAUUGGGGGCGGCUUUAGUUCUCCCUCAGCAUUUUCCGUCAGCGACCAUGCAAGAGGCCCUGCUGCUGUUGCCUUGCUUUAGUGUCUCAAACGGAACCUUCCCGACCCUCCCCGAAGCGUCCAGCCUCCCCCUCCAGCACAACAGUGCUGGCCACCUCAGAGGCCUGUGGGGUCCGAGGUCGUGUCAUUCACCGGGCUUUCCCAGCUCAUUCAUGGACAGUAGAUUCUACAUGAUUUUUCUGGACAUUUGGAUAUCAGUUUAUUCAGCUUUAAACAUGUGACCUUGUCGCCAAAAUCAUCCAUUCUUACGUGGUCUUGAAGGACUGACAAGCCACGAUUUAGACGUCCAUAUUUCUUUAAAAUCACAAAUGAAAACACCUUUUAAAAAUCAGAAUUCCCUAGUCAGUUAUGUUGGUAACCGAUCAGCACUUGCGUUUGGUGGGAAAGUUUUGGAAGAAGCUUUCAGUAGCUUCUUGAGCCCCUGCUUUUACCGUGGAGAAGGCGCAGGCCGCUCUCGGGACUGGAUCUGGACCGGACGUGCCGCCUCCCCAUCCACCUGCCUCGGCCUCACGCUGCCGGCGUGGCUCCCUGUGGCGCGAGGAGGUUCCUUGCAGAUGAAAUGGCAGAUCACAGCGCCGCCGGCACAUCCAGCCAUUCGCCCCACCAGCCCAGCCCAUUCUCAGUCAAGAAAUGCUGGGUAUAGAGAUGGUCAGCUGCCUGGCUCCGCGGGUGCGUGGGAGCAAACCCAGCUACAGCGACGGGAACCGAAGGCACUCCUUUUCCACCGAAGCUAGGCCUUCCCGCGGUCUCUGGAAGAGGGAUGAAGUCAGGUUUUCAAUGUUUUCCCAGGUAGGCCUGCAGCGGUUUCACAGAAGUAGCCUUCCUGCUAUAAACUCUAACGAAAAGCACUCCCCUUGGAUUGCUUUUUAUCAACGAGCCACCCUCUGGAAGAGACCUUUAGUUUUUGGCAGGUGUUUGGAGUCCGGCCUUACCUCGCGCUGCUGGUUCCCAGCUGCUUCGAUGUACCCACAGCACCUCCAGGUCCCAGCAGCCCGUCGGUCCUCCCCGGUUUCUUUUUACUCCGGCAGCCCAGCGGCCUGCAGCCCGGCUCUACCGAGGAAGACUUGCAAGAGCCCUACCGUGACCUGCAGAAAGAUCACUGCCCUGUACGUGUGGGGCAGAGCCAGGCAAGAGGUGCACAGAGGCCAGAGCUGCCGACCCUGUGCAGCCAACGGGAGGAUGUCUCCUAGCCUUCAGGAGGGCGCUCGGCUUGGGGAAAGCAAACCCUCGCCCUGCUCCUUUUCAAUUGAGAGCAUUUUAGGACUGGACCAGAAGAAAGACAGUGUUCCAUCCAUGAAACCCCACCGGCCUUGGGCAGACACCUGCAGCUCCUCAGAGAAAGAUGUUAACCUAUAUCUACAUGUCCCAAGCCUUCCAAAUGGGAUUUUAUUCUCUUGUACUGUGGAUCACCCAGUGCCAGAAGAAAGAGUUAUGAAAUAUGAAAGUUACUUCUCAACCUCAGAAAGACUGUCUUUGAAAAGAGAGUUGAGCUGGUAUAGAGGCAGAAGACCAAGAACUGCUUUUACUCAAAACCAGAUUGAAGUGUUGGAAAAUGUCUUUAGAGUAAACUGCUAUCCUGGCAUUGAUAUCAGAGAAGACUUAGCUCGAAAAUUGAAUCUAGAGGAAGACAGAAUCCAGAUAUGGUUCCAAAAUCGGCGUGCCAAACUGAGGAGGUCUCACAGAGAAUCACAGUUCCUAAUGGUGGAGAAAAACUUCAACACAAAUCUCUUGGAAUAGAUAGAAAACUAAACUUGUGAAGUUAUCUUCCAAUUGCAGAACACAAAGAACCAAUGGAAAUAUCAAGUUUUUUAAAUGUGAUGUUUUCUUUUCUGCAUUUAAUCUGAACAUUGUCACUGAAAAUAUAUUGUAAAUAAUUACUAUAUCAUGGUACCUGUUAUACUUGGGCAUCUUUAAAUAUAAGAAAGGCCUUUUCUAUAUAUUUUAAUAAACAUUUUCAGAAACAGCCAGCUAUUUUUUCAGUGAGCAAAUUUAAUGUAAUAAAUUAGUUUGCUAAAAUCAGUAAACUCGUGACUA